CCGCCUCUGCCCGCGCGUGCCCGGCGGAUGAUGGCUCCUGCCCGGCGCCUGAGGUCUUACCAUGGUGAUGAUCCCGAGUAGAGGUCUCGACAACCAGGGUGCCGCCUCCGUGACAUGCAGGACCCUCAGCCUUGAGUUGCACACGCCAAAGAAGAUGAGUCAAGGACCUACACUUUUCUCUUGUGGAAUUAUGGAAAAUGACAGGUGGCGAGACCUGGACAGGAAGUGCCCUCUGCAGAUUGACCAGCCCAGCGGCAGCAUCUGGGAGUGCCUGCCGGAGAAGUAUCCGGACGGCCCCCGGUGGCAGCGGGAGGCGGUGACGGCCUGUGCGGUGACCAGCCUCAUCCAGGACCUCAGCCUCAGCGACCACAAUGGGAACCCCUCUGCGCCCCCCAGCAAGCGCCAGUGCCGGUCGCUCUCCUUCUCUGACGAGCUGUCCAGCUGCCGGACGUCUUGGCGGCCCCUGGGGUCCAAGGUCUGGACUCCCGUGGAGAAGCGCCGGUGUCACAGCGGGGGCAGCGUCCAGCGCCACUCCAAUGGCUUUGGCACCAUGCAGAGGAGCUCCAGCUUCAGCCUCCCCUCCCGGGCCAACAUGCUCUCCUCACCCUGCGACCCGGCAGGCUUUCACCAUGGGUUCGGGGGGCUGCCUUGCCAAGGGGCACUGGGCUCGGCCACCCGCGGACCGGCAGGCGACAUCUGGAGCUCCGAGCCCAGCCCUGCGGAGGGUUGCCGGCUGGACACGCAGCGGUCCCUCUCCUGCUCGCACGAGCAGUUCUCCUUCUCGGAAUACUGCCCCCCCUCCGCCAACAGCACCCCUGCCUCCACCCCUGAGCUGGCACGACGUCCCAGCGGGCUCUCCCGCAGCCGCUCGCAGCCGUGCGUCCUCAACGACAAGAAGGUUGGCAUCAAGCGACGGCGCCCUGAGGACGCCCAGGAGCAGAGGCCUUCCCUGGACCUCGCCAAGAUGGCCCAGAACUGCCAGACCUUCAGCAGCCUCAGCUGCCUGAGCGUGGGUUCAGAGCACCCCCAAAGCCCCUGCGCCCUGCACAUCAGCAGCACCCGGCCCUGGGUCACCCUGCUCUCUGCCUCUUCUACCGGCGCUGGGGGCAGGACCCCCGCCGGGACCCCGGUCCCCGAGCCCCUGCACCCCUCCUUUGAUGACAGUCUCGCGAGCAAAGAGGAGCUGACCUGUGAGGACGAGGACCGUGGCCGACGGGAGGACCCAGCCUCGGCCUGGCGGGACCGCAGGGCCGCCAGGAGCAGCCCCUGCUCCCUGGAUGGCGAGCUGGACAUCGAACAGAUAGAGAACAACUGAGGGGCCACAGGCCCUGCGCGGGGUGGGGGCAUGCUUGGCUUGGGAAGCUCUGGGCACCAGGUAGGCCCUUGGGGGCGGAGGGUUGGGGGGCACUGAGCUCCUGGGCCUGAGGAGAGAAUUCCUGGGAAGUGAGGUCCCAGGAUGGUUUGCCGCCUGGCCCCUGGGAGAGGCUGUCUGGUCCGAGGGAGACCCAGGCCCUGGGAAAGCUGACUGCUGUCCCCCCAGCAGGCCAUGCCAUGGAACAUGCCAGCUUCUCACCAGUGACUUGGAGCACACAGCUCUCUGCUCCGUGUAACUACUGUAGCUGACAGCGCAGCUUUCGGAUUGGGUCUUUUUGCCCCUUUUUUCUCACGGGACCCUGGGCGUGAGCACCCCAGUGGCUCUGGGGGCCCCGCUUGGAUUCUGACUCACGGCCGGUGCCUCCCGACCUAGGCCGGCUUUGUCAGGGAAGGCCCCGGGCUCAGGGCUGGGACCAGGACCCACGGGGCUGCGCCCAGGGCCUUCCGGCCAGCCGCUCAGGUUCAGUUUCGGGGGGUCGGCCCCACACCUUCUUUUGCUCUGUUUUUUUCCGUGCCUUCUCUCCCAGGUCUCCCUGCUUCUGGCUUGGGGAGGCUUAGGAGACACUUCCUUCUGUAGUAACACCAGAACCAUUGGCCUUAAUUCCACUUGUGAAGGCAGAGGCCCUGGGGGUGCUGGGGGGCCCUUCAGAGGGUAAGCCCACGUCCAAACUCUUGGGGCCUUGGCCUCCCAAGGUGGAGGGACAGUUUGGGGGUGCUGAUCAGAAGCCGUCCACAUGGUAGAAGUUUGGUGGCUCUCUUGCUGGAAAUCCUGACCCCCUUGCCAGCUCCCCUGCAUGGCACAUUGGCCGGGACACGUGGGAUCUGACCUGGGCUGUGGCUGCAGAGCAGGCUGCCUCUCUGCCACCUCAGGGGGCCACGUGGGUGGGGCUGCUGGGUGGCGGCCAUCUUCCAUGGCUAAUCAGUCCCCAAGGGCUGGCCCAGCCCACCCAGGUGCGUGUUCAGGCAUCUCAAUGAAGGAGCUGUGAGCAGGUGGACAAAUCUAGGCCCUGUGCCCAUUUCAGGGGUGACGGGCGUCUGCUGGAGGAAGCUGGUGGGGAGGGGGUUUGCCCAGGAUGGUGGGGCCAAUGCACCGCUGCAGCAGCCCAAGCACGGCCUCCUCUGCUCAUGGGGGCUGCUGCUUUAACCAGGGCCCCCCAUCCAACUCGAGAGAAAUCCACCUCCUCAGCUGGAGGGAGCAGGGUUUUCCCAAGUGCUCCUUCCCUGCUGCAAGCUCCAGCAGAUGCUUGGGGUGGUCGGCAGGGGGCUGGGGGCAGCUCCCUGCAGCCUCCAGCCUGGCACACGGGCACAUCCCACGGGCACUGGUCUCUUGGGAUCUGGCUUCUAGCAAACUUGGCAUCUCUUGCAGACAAUAGCAGUUGGGUUGGCUUAUAAGCAAGGGACUCAUUUUCCCACAAGGCUAAAAAUAACUGGGCACAUUCUCUGGAGUUUGCAGCCACGUGGUCCAGGCACUUGCGUGGUUGGUUUGCUUUUGUUUAUCUUCUCGUGCCGAGCAGAGGCCUCGUUUCUGCAGGUUGAAGACACGAUUCUUACCUUCUUUCUCCUAAAGGAGAUGUUUGGGGAGAUGUGUAAGCCAAGUUUUGCUAGAUCAACAGGGUGAUCAACAGGGUGGCAGCUCAUGUUCUGAUUCAUAAGUGGCUUUUUUUAAAAACUAGCCAUAAUUCGCUUGCAGAAAACCCCAGUUGAGUGGCCCUCCGGGGUUGGGUUGGGAACCUCAGGUUGGCUUGUGCAGUGGGGGGGGUGUGGGUGCCGGCAGGGCCCGGGCAUGGGCUCCUGGUGGGCAUGGCCCCCGGGGACCCUGGAAAGCUGGUCAGCUUGCAGCCGGCCUUAUAGACGAGGCCGUCUCCCUUGGCCACCUGCCCCAUGGGUCGGUCAUGGAGGCCGUGACUUAGAGCAGGUCCAGGGGAGGCCUGGGCAGAGGGUGCCUGGCAGCGGGUGAACGCAGAAGUGCUUGCCGAUGCCACCUGUGCCCAGAGGGCCCGGCCCCCACAGCCUAAGUCACAGGGCGAGGAGGGCCAUGCGGGUGGUGGGGCAGAGGCCGAGGUGAGGCGUGGCCCCAGCUGCCUUCCCCGGGGGCCAGGAGGGAGGCCGGGUGGGGGUCCUCGGGGCUGGGGUGCAGGCCGCCUGCCCUUGGACUUGCCUGCUGUCUCCCUCCUUCCUCUCGGGCCUGGUGGCAGGAAGGACGAGAGCGGAGCACACUGGUUAUCAGCCUCACCCCUUCGCCUGCCCCUAAGCUGUCCCCAUCAUGCGUGCCUCUAACAGGCCCCCGCCAGGUUCCGGCCUUCCUGGCUGUUCCGGCUUCACCAAAGCUCCCAGGCCCAGCUGCGCCAGAAGCCUCGGAGGAGAGAGCGGAGUCCCCUCUGCUCGGCUUCCACUUGGCUCCCUUGUUGGCCUUUUGAUUGGUGGGAACAGACCCCACCUCAAGGUGCCUCUGCCGUCUUCUCAGCAGCCACCCUGCCCUGGGAGGCUGUGCCGGGCCCUUUCUGGGGGACCCGGGGCUUGUGGUCUGGGCUCGGUCAGUUGGAGGGAGGGUCACCACCGAGGUGCCUGGACACGGCUUGGCUGUCCCCAGCUGCAUGGGUGGUCCCUGCUGCAGACACUCGUCGGGGCCCUGCCUCCCGUAGCCGAUGCCCGUGAGCUCCCACCUUGAGGAGACAGAGGUGUUUGAAGCCAGGAGGGAGGCGGGGUGAGGGCCUGGCCCGUUCUGGGGUCCUGAAGGACAGGGUGGGGUCGUGGCUCCAGGAAGGCUCGGUGGGAGGAGGGGCUGGCCGUUCCCAGCACAUCCACGCUCGCCCCAAGAGCUGCUUGCAGAGCCCCGACUGGAAGGGGUCUGCACCUGCCUGGGGCAGGCCCAUGCCGGUGGGGGCCAGGGCUGCCCAGCUGCUGCCCACCGUGGGCCCCCCCACCCCGGUCUACAGGACUGCAGAGCCCUUGCCUUACUCGCUUGGAGGCUGGAGCCUGGCCAGAGCACCAGGCAGAAGCCGACGUCCAGCCCCGGGGGAGCGUGUUCCGAUGAUCCUUCUGGAUGCCCGUUCUCAGAAAGCCUUACUUUUCAACAAAGUGUUUGUAGCGGGAAAGUUUUGUGAAUUUGUAUGCUGAAAAAAGAAUUUUAAUAAAGGAGAAAUCCACGUUAAAAAAAAACAAACCCAGGUUUCCAAACAGGUCUCCUAGUGCAGGGGCGACGUGUGAUUUUCUGUGUCCGCAGACGCCGCCCGAGGGGUCGUUGAGGGCAUUGCCCGUCUGAGCAGCUUCUGGGGCAUUAAAACCCUCCCUGGGUCUUCUGCCACGGGGCUCGGGCUUGGCGGCGGCACGGGUGAACCAGUUCUCACCACGGAGGUUAAAGUCACAGGCACGUACAUCUUGGGGGCUGAAGGGGCCGCCCCCUAAACCAAACAGUGUCCGGGGCAGGCGUGAGCUCGGGCGCCUGUGUGUGCAUUGCUACAUGAAUGCAGUGGGUCGGGCCCCUCCCGUUGGUGGUGGUCAGGAGAAAUCAUAGCUUUUUAAAGAGAAAAGGGGGAAAAAGAUAAGGGGGGUGGAAACCCCAGCUCAGCAGAGCUCUCGUGGCCCAGGAACGGUGGGCUCGCCCGCCAGCCUAGUCUCUGGCCAAGCAGCAUCCUGGGGGCUCGCGGGCAGCACACAGGCUGCUCUUAGGGUGGUGGCUGUGCUUGCCCAAGUUGCCCGUUGUGGACGUUGAAGAGUUUCAGGAAGUGCGAAGGCCAGAAGGGGUAGAGUCGGGCAGGCCCCCGGCGGGCCGAGGCGGUCGGUGGGCAGGGGGUCAGUGCUGGGUCUGUGCCACCCCGGCCCUGCCGCCCGCUGCCGCCUGCUCUCGGCGAGGGCCGGCGCCUGCCACUGGGUUUUCUCCGUGACUGUCUUGCACUAGAUCUGCUCUAGUCUCUCAGGAAUUUGCUUGUUACUUUUACUGUGUAAAUAAAGCUUCCUGGUUCAACACUCAAC